GCACAUGCUUGUUCUGAAGCAUCUAUGACCGCAUUUGCACCACACCAAACUGCGUUAUUCGUCCCGGAGGUAGGAGCGGAGAUUGCAUGCGUACAGGCUCUGACAAUAGAUGCGUAUGAGCGGCGCGCCAUCACCGUACGGGAGAAAUACGCGUACGCCGGUACGGCAAUAGCGCUCGCCGCGUACAGGAAGGGCCCCUAA